CUUUGGAGGAGACUAAUCGUGGGUCGUGCUGAUGCGAGCCUGGCCAGGCCAUUUCUCUACUUUCGAUCGAUCUCGACGGUUCAAGACUUGGUCAUGCCUCUCGUCCCUCAACGUCCUCUUGGCUCGCAGGGCCUCGUCGUGUCUGCCCAAGGCCUUGGCUGCAUGGGUAUGACCGCGUUCUACGGCAACUUUGACCGCGCGGCACAAGAAGCUGAGUCGCUCCGCACGAUUUCGAAAGCGCUAGAACUUGGCGUUAACUUUCUCGACACAGCGUGGAUCUACCAGUCGUUCGGUGCGGGCGGCGGAGGCAACUUUACGAAUGAAGAAGUCGUCGCCAAGGCCAUCAAGCAACACGGCCGCGAAAAGUUCGUGAUUGCCACCAAGUUUGGCAUCCUUCCCACCGCGAAUGGUUUGACCGUGUCCGGUUCUGAAGCCAUCAUUCGGUCACAGCUCGCCGACUCGUUGGACCGCCUGGGCGUGGACUGCAUCGAUCUCUACUACAUGCAUCGAAUGGACCCGUCAACCCCGAUCGAGGACACCAUGCGUGUUUUGAAAUCUCUAGUCGAUGAAGGCAAUAUCAAGUACAUCGGGCUGUCGGAGUGCACGCCGAGUGAGCUUCGCCGAGCACACGCCGUCCACCCGAUUACAGCUAUUCAAAUGGAAUGGUCUUUGCAGUCCCGUGACUUGGAAGCCCAAGUUGUCCCCACCGCACGGGAACUGGGCGUUGGUAUUGUGGCGUACUCUCCAUUGUGCCGCGGCUUCUUGACUGCGAUCGACACGUUCGACAAGCUGGAAGACAACGACUGGCGUCGCACGCUGCCGCGAUACUCAGGAGACAACCUCGUGGAAAGCAAGGCGAAAGUCGCCAAGUUCUUUGACUUGGCCGCAGCUAAAGAGUGCACUCCCGCUCAGCUGGCCCUCGCCUGGGUACACGCCCAAGGCCAUGAUGUGUUUCCAAUUCCUGGGACCAAGUCGUCGACCCGCAUUAUCGAAAACGCACACGCCGUCGAGAUCUCGCUGACAUCUGAAGAAGUGGCAUCAAUUGCCGCUGCCGCUGAGUCUGUGGAAGGCCCUCGAUACGCCGGCAAGGAUAACUCGUUUAACGCCCGCAUGGACAAAGUCUAAUGCUUUUAACAUCUUAACAACCUCCAACAGUACAGUGCGCGAACAAGAUUUAUACGCUCAUAGAUAUAAUUUGGUCAUUACAUGUCAGAUAGAAAAUACUAGUACACCAAGACUUCGGAGAUUGUUUCCCAUGAAUGUAGACCUCCACGAGCAAUGUCUACAGCACAAUACAGCC